GCUGCUGGAGGACACCAUGGUGACUUUUGUGAAGAAGGAGCUGAAGAAGAUGCGGAAGCUUGUGAGUCCAGAUUACCCAGAAUGCUCAAAGAGUCAGAGGGAGGAUGAGGAGGAGUUGGAGGGUGAUGAUGAAGAUGAGAGGAGCAGCAGAGAGAUGUUUGAGCAGAUCACAGUGUUGUUCCUGAGGAGGAUGAAGCAGGAGAAGCUGGCUGACUGUCUGCAGAACAAACUUGCUGCUGGAGUUUGUAGAUGUGAACUUAAACGUGGUCUGAAGAAGAAGUUCCAGAGAGUGUUUGAGGGCAUCGCUAAAUCAGGUAAGAAGACCCUCCUGAAUGAGAUCUACACAGAACUGUACAUCACAGAGGGAGGGACUGCAGAGGUCAAUGAUGAACAUGAGGUCAGACAGAUUGAAGCAGCAUCCAGGAAAGCAGACAGAGCAGAAACAAGCAUUAGAGCAGAAGACAUCUUUAAAGGCUCACCUGGAAGAGAUGGACCAAUCAGAACAGUGAUGACAAAGGGAGUGGCUGGCAUCGGGAAAACAGUGUUAACACAGAAGUUGACUCUGGACUGGGCUGAAGACAAAAGCAACCAGGACAUCCACUUCAUGUUUCCAUUGACUUUCAGAGAGCUGAAUGUACUGAAAGAGAAAAAGUUCAGCUUGAUGGGACUUGUUCAUCACUUCUUCAGUGAAACCAAAGCAGCAGGAAUCUGCAGCUUUGAACACUUCCAGGUUGUGUUGAUCUUUGACGGUCUGGAUGAGUGUCGCCUUCCUCUGGACUUCCACAACAAUGAGGUCCUGACUGAUGUUAGAGAGUCCACCUCAGUGGAUGUGCUGCUGACAAACCUGAUCAGGGGGAAGCUGCUUCCCUCUGCUCGCCUCUGGAUAACUACACGACCUGCAGCAGCCAAUCAGAUCCCUCCUGACUGUGUGGACAUGGUGACAGAGGUCAGAGGGUUUACCGACCCACAGAAGGAGAAGUACUUCAGGAAGAGAUUCAGAGCUAGGAAGAAGGCCAGCAGCAUCAUCUCCCACAUGAAGAAGUCACGAAGCCUCCACAUCAUGUGCCACAUCCCAGUGUUCUGCUGGAUCACUGCUACAGUUCUGGGGGAGGUGCUGAGAAGCAGAGAGGGAGGAGAUCUGCCCAGAACCCUGACUGAGAUGUUCAUCCACCACCUGGUAGUUCAGGCCAAAGUCAAGAAGGUCAAGUAUGAUGGAGGAGCUGAGACAGAUCCACACUGGAGUCCAGACAGCAGGAGGAUGAUUGAGUCUCUGGGAAAACUGGCUUUUAAUCAGCUGCAGAGAGGAAACCUGAUCUUCUAUGACUCCGACCUGACAGAGUGUGGCAUUGAUGUGGAAGCAGCCUCAGUGUACUCAGGAGUGUUCACACAGAUCUUUAAAGAGGAGAGAGGACUGUACCAGGACAAGGUGUUCUGCUUCGUCCAUCUGAGCGUUCACGAGUUUCUGGCUGCUCUUCACGUCCAUCAGACCUUCAUCAACUCUGGAAUCAACCUGUUGGAAGAAAAACAACAACAAACAACCUCCGACAAACCUGAUCCAACAGGUUUCUACCAGAGAGCUGUGGAUGAGGCCUUACAGAGUCCAAACGGACACCUGGACUUGUUCCUGCGCUUCCUCCUGGGUCUGUCACUGCCGACCAAUCAGAAUCUCUUACGAGGCCUGCUGACACAGACAGGAAGUAGCUCACAGACCAAUCAGAAAACAGUGGAGUACAUCAAGGAGAAGAUCAGUGAGGAUGUGUCUGCAGAGAGAAGCAUCAAUCUGUUCCACUGUCUGAAUGAACUGAAGGAUGUUUCUCUGGUGGAGAAGAUCCAACAGUCCCUGAGAUCAGGACGUCUGUCCACAGAUGAACUGUCUCCUGCUCAGUGGUCAGCUCUGGGCUUCAUCUUACUGUCAUCAGAAGAACAUCUGGACGUGUUUGACCUGAAGAAAUACUCUGCUUCAGAGGAGGUUCUUCUGAGGCUGCUGCCAGUGGUCAAAGCCUCCAAGAAAGUUGUACUGAGUGGCUGUAAUCUGUCAGAGAGAAGCUGUGGAGCUCUGUCCUCAGUCCUCAGCUCCCAGUCCUCCAGUGUGACAGAGCUGGACCUGACUAACAACAACCUACAGGAUUCAGGAGUGAAGAGUCUUUCUGCUGGACUGAAGAGUCCACACUGUAAACUGGAAGCUCUCAGGCUGUCAGGCUGUCUGGUCACAAAGAAAGGCUGUGCUUCUCUGGCCUCAGCUCUGCGCUUGAAGACCUCAAAUCUGAGAGAGCUGGACCUGAGCUACAACCAUCCAGGAGACUCAGGAGAGAAGAUGCUGAGAGCUAAAGUGGAGGAUCCACACUGUAGACUGGAAACUCUCAGGGUGACGCCUGCUGGAGUCCGAUGGUUGACACCAGGUCUGAGGAAGUGUAAGUGUGUUUUAAUGGAUUGAUGGAAACAAAGCAGCACAUUCAAGCAUCUUCAAAGUGUCACAUCUCUGAGGUCAUCAUCAAAGCUUUAAUACUGAUCACAUGAUCCAUCAAUAACUGCAGCUGUGUUGUGUUUGUUCUCUC